AUUUUCCCAAAAUUUGUGUUGUGCUGCAAUUGCUGUUUUGCUUGUGUGUUAUUGCUCUUCUUUGCAAGUCAAUCUUGAUUGUUCCUAGAAGACUUACUCCCGCCAGAAUGGCUACACCAUCCUCUGGCGCCUCUGGGCAACUCCAGAGAGUCGCGUCGCAACCUGAAAACCCCUUUUCCGCCUUAAUCACCGACCAAUCCUUUGCGAUCAUCCCUUCCUUCACUCUCGAAUCUGGCGUCACUCUCUCCAAUGUUCCGGUAGCGUACACCACGCGAGGCAAACUCUCCCCGAACGGUGACAAUGUCUUGGUGAUUUGCCAUGCCCUCAGUGGUAGCGCUGAUGUGGCAGACUGGUGGGGUCCUUUGCUUGGUGGUCCUGGACAGGCCUUCGAUACGUCGCGAUUCUUUGUUGUCUGCCUGAACAGUCUGGGCAGUCCCUAUGGCAGUGCCAGUGCCGUGACCUACAAGGACGGAGACCCGGAGAAGGGCCUCUAUGGGCCCGAAUUUCCUUUGACCACUGUGCGUGAUGAUGUGAGAAUUCACAAACUCGUGCUUGAUGACCUCGGCGUGCGGCAGAUCGCAGCUGUCGUUGGUGGUUCCAUGGGCGGUAUGCUUACCCUCGAGUAUGCCUACUUCGGCAAGGAAUACGUUCGCGCUAUUUGUCCGAUUGCCACAUCUCCCCGUCAUUCUGCUUGGUGUAUCAGUUGGGGUGAGGCACAACGACAGAGCAUCUACAGCGAUCCUAAGUACGAGGAUGGCUACUACUCGUUCGAUGAUCCUCCCGCGACGGGUUUGGGUGCGGCUCGCAUGUCUGCUCUUCUUACCUACCGCAGCCGCAAUUCCUUUGAGUCUCGCUUCGGCAGAAACGUCCCUGACCCCUCCAAGCGUCAGAACAUCAACGGUACGGAGAGGUUGCCAACCCCGCCCAACGAGCACUGGGCCGUUCACAACGAUGGACAUAAGAGCAGUGGACGCAGCUCGCCCGUGCUUCAAUCUCCUGCACUUGCGCAGCCCGCCGAGGUUUUUUUCCAGGAUCCCCAGUUCUCUGGAACCAAGACUUUCAGCAAAACUCUCGAGUCCAAGGGCAGCCAAAAGAAGCUCCCGACUUAUUUCUCGGCUCAGUCAUACCUCCGCUAUCAGGGCGAGAAGUUCGUCAAGCGGUUUGACGCCAACUGCUACAUCGCCAUCACCCGCAAGCUCGACACGCACGACGUAUCGAGACAUCGGGCCAGUCCGGAUUCGGAGAAUCCUGUGCGCGAAGCACUCGGUCAGAUUGAGCAGCCUGCGCUGGUUCUGGGUAUUGAGACCGAUGGACUGUUCACUUUCGAAGAGCAGCAGGAAAUCGCGGCUGGCAUUCCCGACUCGAGAUUGAAGCGGAUUGAGAGUGCUGAGGGUCACGACGCCUUCCUCCUGCAAUUCGAGCAGGUCAACAGAUACAUCCUCGAGUUCUUCCGCGAAGUCCUGCCCGACAUCAUGUCCAAGGCUCCGGAGGGAGGUGCCGAGGCCGUGGAUGGCGUGAACAAGCUAACCAAGAGCAGCACAUUCGGCGAAGCGGAGGUGGAAGACAUCACCGCCUGGUAAACUGACCUCUGUGGUAUCCAGAUCAACCUUGGCGCUUUCAUUGCAGCCUUCACACAUAUUUUGCCUGACACCAGGAGGGGAAUGAGGAGUCUGGCCAUUCUCUCGGCGACGAGAGGACGCGCCGGCGGCUUCGGAUCCCGCCAGGACCAGGUGCCUUGGGGAAGUAGCGGUGCAAACUUGUUUAUUGUCAUUCUUAAGCCAGUCAGAGAGAUGAGCACUUAACUGCCCCUCUCGUUUCCUAGUCACAGGUAAGGCUGUAAAAGAAGCAUCCAACUGCUCUCCAUCGAUAAGCCCUCACUCGGCGUGGUCUGCCUUGCAACCACAAUGCCAGAGGGUGGUGGGCGACCUUUUCUACAAGAGUUCGAUCGUACAUAGUAUGAUGAAUGAAAUAGACAGA